AGAGCGUGAUGGCGUCAUGACGAACGCGUUACAAUAAGCGCUGCGCUCCGCAAAUCUACGCACACGGGACUCGGCCUUGAUCCUCUCGCCGAAUAACAUUCUUGAACGUCACAGGUCCACUCUGUCUAAGCUGGAGUGGCUGACAUGAAUGACACUCUGGAAUUCAAUGAAAUUUAUCAGGAGGUCAAGGGCUCCUGGAAUGAUGGCCGUCUUCGCUUCAGUAAGCAGACGGUGGUGUAUAAAAACAGUAAGACUGGAAAAGUGGACAGCAUUCCGGUGCCCGAACUCACUCAAGCCCAGUGGAGGAGAGUCUGUCUGGGUCACGGCAUCAAACUGUGCACCAGCACUGGAAACAUCUACAAAUAUGAUGGCUUCAAAGACACUGACCUUGAGAAGAUCUCAGAAUACUUCAAAGCGAACUACAAAGUGGAGCUGAUUGAGAAAGAUAUGUGUGUGAAGGGCUGGAAUUGGGGCACUGCUAAAUUUAAUGGGCCGUUGCUUUCAUUUGAGGUAAAUGACAGUCCUGCGUUUGAGAUUCCGCUCGCCAGUGUAUCCCAGUGUGCGACGGGAAAGAACGAGGUCACUGUGGAGUUUCAUCAGAAUGAUGACACAGAGGUAUCCCUCAUGGAGGUGCGCUUCUACGUCCCACCCACCACAGGAGACGAGGGUUCAGACCCUGUGGAGGCAUUUGCUCAGAACAUUUUGUCAAAGGCAGAUGUCAUCCAAGCUACAGGAGAUGCUGUGUGUAUCUUUAGAGAGUUGCAGUGCCUCACACCUAGGGGCAGGUACGAUAUCCGUAUUUAUCCGACAUUCCUUCAUCUGCAUGGUAAGACGUUUGACUACAAGAUUCCAUACACCACAGUGCUGCGCCUUUUCCUGUUGCCUCAUAAGGACCAGCGGCAGAUGUUCUUUGUGAUCAGUCUGGACCCGCCCAUUAAACAAGGUCAAACCCGCUAUCAUUUUCUCAUUCUUCUGUUUUCCAAAGAAGAGGAUAUCAACCUCACUCUCAACAUGAAUGAGGAUGAGGUGGAGAGACGUUUUGAGGGGAAGCUUCAUAAAAACAUGUCUGGCUCUCUCUAUGAGAUGGUCAGCAGAGUCAUGAAGGCCCUGGUCAACAGGAAGAUCACAGUGCCUGGAAAUUUCCAAGGUCACUCAGGUGCGCAGUGUAUAACAUGUUCAUAUAAGGCCAGUUCAGGGCUGUUGUAUCCUCUGGAAAGAGGUUUCAUCUACGUACACAAGCCCCCAGUGCACCUGCGCUUUGAGGAGAUCGCCUGCGUGAACUUUGCUCGUGGAACCACAACCACCCGCUCCUUUGAUUUCGAGAUCGAGACCAAACAGGGAAAUCAAUAUACCUUCAGCAGCAUCGAGAGGGAGGAAUAUGGGAAGCUCUUUGACUUUGUCAAUGCUAAGAAAUUAAGCAUCAAGAACAGAGGCUUCAAAGAGGGUAUGAAAGGUAAUGAUGACAUGUACAGUGACUCUGACGACGACCAGCAUGACGCAUACCUGGAGCGCAUGAAAGAAGAAGGCAAGAUCCGUGAGGAGGCCAACGACAGUGACGACUCUGAGGGCGAGAGUGAUGAGUCUUUUAAUCCUGGAGAAGAAGACGAUGAAAUUGCUGAGGAGUAUGACAGUAAAGCCUCUGCCAGUGAAAGCAGCGCUGAAGAUGGGGACAGUGAUGGUGAUCGGAAGAAGAAACCAGCCAAGAAAGCUAAAUUUGUAAAAGAAAGAAAACCACGAAAGAAAGAGAAAAAGGUAAAAGACAGCAGCGCCCCCAAGAGACCAAUGAGCGCCUACAUGAUCUGGCUGAAUGCUAGCAGAGACCGCAUUAAAUCAGAGAACCCGGGCAUCUCUAUCACAGAAAUUUCCAAAAAGGCUGGAGAAAUGUGGAAACAACUUAGCAAAGACAAAAAAGAGGAGUGGGACAGAAAAGCAGAGGAAGCAAAGAAAGAGUACGAUCGAGCAAUGAGAGAGUACAAGGAGAGUGGAGGAGGCUCUUCAGGCAGCUCAAAAAAGGAGAGGAAGAAGAAAGGAGGGAAGAAUGAAGAAAAGAGAAAACGGAAGUCAGGUGGUGGUAGGGAAAAAGAGAAGGAGCGAGCUACAGGCAAUGACAGCUUUAAGAGUCGAGAGUUCAUAUCCAGUGAGGAGAGCUCAUCAGAGUCAGACAAAGGAAAGGGACGGAAGCGCAAGGGGUCUGAUGAUGAAGAGGAAGUGGUCAGCACACCACCCAGCUCUGAAGAGUCCGGCUCAGACUAAAAGACACUGAUAACAGACACAUUAAAAGGGGAGUGGAAGACAGCACUAUUUCACUCUCAUCAUUAUAGUGUACAUGACCUGAUGCAAUCCUGAUAGUACUUAUUACAUCUUCAAGUUUUGUUUUAGUUUGUCAAGACGUUCAUAAACACUUGUGUAUAUACCUUCGGUAGUGUUGACCUUAAAGGAAUAGUUCACCCAAAGAUGAAAAUUCUGUCAUUAUUUACUUACAAUCAUGCUGCUCCAAACUCAUAGGACUUUUUCUUCUGUGGAAAAAAACAGAUUUUGCCAAUAUUUUUGGUGAUUUCCAUGCAAUUACAAUGAAUGAGGACUAGAGCUUUUUAAGACACAAAGGUAUAAUAAAAUCAGUCCAUAUGACUAGUACACUAUAUUACGCACCUUAGCUUUCUUUGGCUCCGCAGACAUCGACAAAUUGUUCUUUUGAGCUAAAUCAUUUCAGUAAAUCAGCUAAUUCAAUUCACAAAAUAGGUUUGAAUGUUUAUGAAUCAGACCAUUUUUAUGGUACUGCUGAUUGUUUUUUUGUUCUUUUUGAAGGAUUUAUGCUUCGUUCUGUAUUUAUUGUAAUUGUGUGGGAGAGUUUUGGUGAUCUAUUCUUUUAAAAUAGUGUGUAUUUUAUGUUGUCCUGUCCUUGUUGGUAUCACUAUGUUUUUCUGUUUGUAGCUAUAUUUUACAGUGCUGCUUUCCAACCACAACAGACUCUGUAUCUUCACACAUCUAUUGAGCUUGCUCUAGGUACUUGCAUUUGAAUGACAACUUAUGAAAAUUCUCUUAAAUGUAAAAAUCUUUUCUACAUUUGUAUUCAUCUUGUAUUCAUAAUGUUUUAUUUUGUUCUGAGCUCACCAUUUAUUUUAUACAGUAUUUUGUUCACACACAUGACCAGUUAUACGCGUUUGUUGUAACAUUUAAAAAAAUCUACAUUUUAAAUUGUACUUGUUUUUAAGAAAUUAUUAAUUAAAAAUAAUCAUGAAUUUAUGACUCCAGGGAAUAUUCAUAAUGUAGUGAAAAAAAGCAAUUCAACGUUUCACGUUUACUUGUUCACAUGCUGUUAAAACAUGUGACCUGUUAUUUCUGGUUGCCACCAGAAUAUUCUCAGUCUCCCAAAAUGAAAAAAGCAAGAGACAGACACAAGUUUUGUAUUUCCUUACUUCGACUUUAUUGAUCCAAUACAAGAGUAUAUAUACAGUAUAUGCAUAUUGAGGGGUGUUGUGCAUCUAGACCAAAAUAUAUGCAUGUCAUAUAAAACAAAGACAUAAUUGUGCAUAUAAUGAAAUAUCAGAAAUAAAUGUGGGUGUACAAUAACUUCCUAAAUUCAUCCU